AGGAAACCAUUCUCAUCAGCCAUGGCGACUAUAGGAGAUUUCGAUCCCUUAAACUCUACCGUCCCUGCCACUAAAAUCGAGGUGACCGUAUCCUGCAGAAACCUGUUGGACAUGGACACCUUUUCCAAAUCAGAUCCAGUGGUCAUAUUGUAUGUUCAAGCUCUUGGUACUAAGGAGUGGAGAGAGUUCGGUCGGACUGAAGUGAUUGAAAACACGCUGAAUCCAGACUUUGUGAGGAAGUUUGUUCUGGACUACUUCUUUGAGGAGAAACAAAACCUUCGUUUUGACGUGUACAAUGUGGACAUGAGGAGCUGCAACCUGUCCAAACAUGAUUACGUGAACCAAGAGAGGAAAACAUUAGGGAUGCACGAUAUAAUCGGCAGAGAUGGGAACCCUUUACAGGAAAAACUGGGAGGAAUCCCUGGUAAGAAGUGUGGAACCAUCAUCUUCACAGCCGAAGAGCUCAGCAACUGCCGGGACAUAGCCACCAUGCAGUUCUGUGCCAACAAGCUGGAUAAAAAGGAUUUCUUUGGCAAAUCGGAUCCUUUCCUCGUCUUCUACCGGAGCAAUGAAGAUGGAACGUUUACCAUCUGCCACAAAACAGAGGUGAUCAAGAAUAAUCUCAACCCUGUGUGGCAGCCAUUCAUCAUCCCGGUCCGAGCGCUCUGUAACGGUGACUACGACAGGACAGUGAAGGUGGACGUUUAUGACUGGGACAGAGAUGGAAGUCACGACUUCAUUGGAGAGUUUACCACCAGCUACAGGGAACUCUCCAGAGGCCAAAGCCAGUUCAACGUCUAUGAGGUUUUGAAUCCUAAAAAGAAAGGCAAGAAGAAGAAAUAUGUCAACUCAGGAACGGUGACUCUGCUGUCUUUUAAAGUGGACUCCGAGCACACGUUUGUGGACUACAUCAGAGGAGGGUAAGCGCUAAGCCACUUUUCACUGAGGAACACUGGUAUCUUGAAAUUUAGAGCUUUGGUUUAAUAAAAAGGAGG